UUUACUAAUAUUACAUUUACAAUAAACCUACAAUUUUCGAUUUUCACAUAAUUUUAUCAUAAAAUUGAAAUGCAAAAAUGUUAUAAUCGGCAUAUACUGCGUUGCUGCAAAUUUAAUAAAUGUUAUUUUAGUGUUUAUGUCUAACGUGAUCUUAUUUACAAAGUUUUCGGAAUUAUUAACAAGGGAUCAUGUCCGAUAUCAUGAUAGAUCCGCUGCUGAUCAAAGAGGAGAUCAUAGAGAUAUCCGACGAGGAAGAGGCACCAAAGAAACGGAGGGUACGUAAGAAAAGGGCCCCAUCGGAGCGCUUGCCUUGCGAUCAGUGCGAGAAGACAUUUGUCACGAAUUACGAGCUAAAGAAACACACGAGGACCCAUACGGGUGAAAGACCCUACAUGUGCACGACGUGCGGCAAAACCUAUACCCAACUAGGUCACCUCAGUACUCACCAGCUCACUCACAGAGGUAUAAAGAACUUCCACUGCGGCGAAUGUUAUAUGGCGUUUUACAGGCGAGCCGAUUUAGAUAGGCACGAGAAAGUGCACACUGGCGAGAAGCCAUACACUUGCGAGGUGUGCUCGAAGAGUUUCACUCAGAAGAACAAUCUGGUGAUGCACCUGAAGAUGCAUUUGGGUGACAGGGCCCACGAGUGUCCGGUCUGCAGAAAGAGGUUCAUGACGAAAAGCAAACUGGCCUCGCAUUCGAAGAGGCAUGAUAAAGAGAGAAAGAACAAAAGGUUUCACGAUGUGGAGUUUGAGUGAAGCUUAGUGCUUUGGUCGUCCGCGCCAGGAUCGAUACCGGAGUCUGCGAAUCAGUACCGCGAAGCAAGAGAAUACCGGGUGUUUCUACAGCAAACCACCAUAAAAAUGGGUUAUUAGUUAAAGUAAUAUGGUGAAUCGUUGUUUUUGUGAAGUGUUUAAUAGUAUUUGUGUUAUAUUGUAAUGGUAUUUGUAAAUCUGGUUUAGCUUUUUCACGAAACUAAGUUUCAGUAGUAUCUAAAGAUGUGUAGCUCCUGAGUGAGUGAUUUAAAAGAUAUAUAUCACUCACGCCGAUAGAAUGUAUGACUAACUCACACUA